CCUCUAUCGUUUUUUCCCUUUUUUAUUUCCUCCCUCAUUUUCCAAGCUCCAUCCUCGAAUAUCUAUAAAAAGCCCCCACCCUUCUUUAUCCUCUUCGUAAUAAGCCAAAACCCUCUCUCUCUCUCUCUCUCAAUCUCUCUACCCCUUCAACCAAACCACACUUGUUAGAUAAAAAACAACUAUCUCUUUGGGUUUGAAUAUCAAUCAAUCAAUCAAACUUAGGUGACUCAUGGAAGUGAAAGGAAGGUUAUGCAACAACUCCACCACCAUCCAAAGCGAGGAUGAGAUGGAUCUUCGAAGAGGCCCUUGGACCGUUGAUGAAGACCUUGCUCUCAUCAAUUACAUUGCUAAUCAUGGAGAAGGUCGAUGGAACUCCCUAGCCCGUUCUGCCGGACUCAAACGAACUGGCAAGAGCUGCAGAUUGAGAUGGUUGAAUUAUCUUCGUCCUGAUGUUCGACGUGGCAACAUCACACUCGAAGAACAGCUUCUUAUUCUCGAGCUCCAUGGUCGUUGGGGAAACCGAUGGUCCAAAAUUGCUCAAUAUUUGCCCGGAAGAACCGAUAAUGAGAUUAAGAACUAUUGGAGAACCCGUGUCCAAAAGCAUGCCAAACAACUCAAAUGUGACGUGAAUAGCAAGCAAUUCAAGGAUGCUAUGCGUUACCUUUGGAUGCCAAGGCUUGUGGAACGCAUUCAAGCCGCCGCCGCCGCUGCCACUACCACCGCCGCUGCUGCCACUACUGGUUCACCGGCAAGUGCUACUACUACCAUAACGAACAACAAUAUUGCAUACAACAACUAUGACAAUAACAACAUUAACAACAAUAUUGAGGUUCAUAGUGGGAACAUGAUGAUGAGUUCAGCUAUUAUGAAGAACAACUUUGGCGGUUCACAUGUUACACAUAGUUACACUCCGGAGAAUAGUAGCACGGGUGCAUCAUCGGACUCGUUUGGGACUCAGGUUUCACCUGUAUCGGACAUGACUCAGGAUUAUUACAAUAAUGUCACGGUUGGUGGUAACAAUAACCAUAACCCUAAUCCUGAUUACUACCACCAACAAGCUCAUGAUCAACUCAGCUUCUUAGAUUGCAUCACUAGCCCAUCAGGGUUGUUCCCUCAUGAGAUGGAUUUCGAAUCCAUGGAACCAAACACCCCGUGGAUUCAGAAUAAUGGAGACUCGUCCAACGGUUUCUGGAACGUUGAAAACAUGUUGCUCUUUCAACAACUCUCGGACAACAUGUGAAACAUUCAUGGUGAGGGGAAGGGGGCAAGACUGUGAAAUUUACAGAUGAUAAAAUUAUGUUGGUAGAAAUGAGAAAAUAGAAUAAAUUCAUAUGUAGGACACACGUAGGAUCCACGAUGGACAUAGAUUUUAAACUAAGGAUAUUACAAGAGCAAAGAGAAGGAAAAUGUGAAUUACUUUUUAGUUUAAUUUGUAAGGACUUUUUUUGUUCUAUAAUUUUCCUUAAUUUUAGAGGGGGUGUGGGAAAUUAAUAUUUGUAAUUCGAGCUUUCUUAUAAGAUUUCAUUCUUUGAAAUUAU